CUUAUUCAAACAUUUGUCACGUCUGAAACAACAAAAUAAAUUGUAAUUUUGUGUGUAAGCCAGAAAUUAUUCCUAAAUCAUCCGUUUUACAAGAGACAUGGUCAGGGUCGGAACCAUUGUCACAGAUCGGAAUAAUCUCGUAACGUCAACUACAUUACGGCCGAUUUCGUUUCUAUUUUACACGCUGGAGACGAUCUUCAAUAUGUUUUGUUUGGCAUAUCACAUAACGGGAUUUAUGGCUGUUGAUAUGCAUAUGCUGACGUGGGAUAGGCAAAUCUUUCAUUAUGUUUAUCUAAUGACUUUCUACGUUUUCAUGGUGAUCACACUCUUUCAAAGCAUUAACAUUUGUUCGGGCCACAAUCCGACAUUUUGCAUGGAAAUCUUAAAAUCUUGCUUAGCUUCCCUUGGAUUUACAAUGAUAUCCAUAUUAAGCAUGUGGGAUGCGGAACGCGACGCUCACUUGAUGUAUACUGGCAAGGAGCCCGUGGAGGGUGUCUACGAGAAGGAUAAGCCCGUUCAUCCAUUCGCUUUUUAUUUGCUCUCCCAAUCGAUUGCCUCAUUGGCUUGUGGCGUACUCUAUAUGCUACAUGCAACAAUUUUAAUUGAUAUCAAGAUCACUGCUGCCCACCAGGGAUUGACAGAGGGUGCAAAUUCUGCGCUUGUGCCCAUUGAACUCUACGUCCUGGGCAAAUACGUUCAGAGCUGGCUUGAGAAUUACGAAUGGUUUAAUGCCUUUUGCUCAAAUGAACGCAUUGAUAUCUAGUUGCAUCUAAGACUGCAAGGAAACAUUAGCCCGGCUGAAAAUAAGCUUUUAGUGUACGAUACGCCAUACACAGUCAAUGGAAUAUGUAUAUUGCGUAUCGUACAUUAUAAGUUUAUUUAUAUUGUCCUAACUAAUUGACUUGCCAGCUGAUGUUUGUUUAAUGCACACCCCAAGCUGCAAACUACUUUACUCUUAAUAACGGAAAAUUAGUGGAAAGCGGUUGCAUAAAACUUUUUGCAUGCUAGCCGAUCGGUGUCAUGCUCCGGUUCACCGUUUUCGGAAUAUCCACGUCGAUGAGCGGAAAUAGUGAUAAGAUUAGAAUUGUGUAAUGCUUCACGGCGGAAGAUAUGUGAUCAAUUAAAGUAUA